UUUGACAAAAGUCUCAUUGAUUUAGUGAUUUACUCACGUAGAAUACAGAAUGGAUUUUAAAGGCGGCACGCAGCACACGACACGUGUCAACCUCGCGCACACGUCCAAGCGUCGCGCCCUGGGGCUGUUGAUCGCUGCUGCUCUUCUGCAUAUGGGCGGCGCAGUGGUUCAACAUGUCACUGACACAUUCAAAAAGACUGAUCUGGCGUUCGAGUCACACCUCCGAGAACGUUGUCCGCCGCUGCCGAUAGGACUAGUGCAGUCAUGGCUGCCUUAUAAGCUCCAGUGCUUGUCUUUGUGCAACCUCAACAUCAGCUGCACAUUUUUCAUGUCAAAAGGAGAUCUGUGCGAGUUGUGGACGGUGAAAUUGGAUCCAAGCUACGAUUUUGCGCAAUUUAAUGCUCCUACUGUGCCGGUGUUCUGGAAUAUUAAAUCCAUUGGAACAGAAAAUCAAGAUUUCGCUAUCGGGAAACCUGUAACCGCGGGCAGUGUCUUCCCUGGGUACCCCGACCCCUCGGUGCUGACUCAAGGUGCCGACUGCUACUUAGUGAUGGAAGACUGCUUCUGCACCAGCGCCAGCAACAACUGGGUGCGAGUUGACCUCCUGACCACGGCCUUCAUCACCGAGGUGGUGGUCACGGCAUCCGUCAUCGACGAUGUUCCCUACAUCAGGGCUGCCACCAUCAGGAUUAUUAGGCGACCGAUCGAUGAAUAUCGUGACAUUUGUUGA